UCAAGCCUUACCUGUCUGUGUCUUGCUGUAGGGGGGGCCCUGCCUGUCUCUGUUCCUGGCAGCUACUCCGAGACCCGGCCCACUUCCUCUACCGGCCACAUAAAGAGACCCAUGAAUGCCUUCAUGGUGUGGGCCAAGGACGAGCGCAGGAGGAUCCUCCAGGCUUUCCCAGACAUGCACAAUUCCUCAAUCAGCAAGAUCCUAGGCUCCAGGUGGAAGUCCAUGUCCAACCAGGAGAAGCAGCCAUACUAUGAGGAGCAGGCGAGGCUGAGCAGGCAGCACCUGGAGCGUUACCCCGACUACAAGUACAAGCCCCGACCCAAACGGACCUGCAUUGUGGAGGGCCGAAGGCUGAGGGUGGGCGAGUACAAAGCCAUGAUGAAGAGCCGCAGGCAGGAGCAGAGGGCCACCUACACACACAGCCAAUCAGAGCCGCAGCAGAUCCAGUACUCCCAGAGCGACCAGUACCCAGCCGGCGGCUCCAUCUCCGUCCCAGGCUUACCGUUUCACCCGGCACUGCUGGAGCACUACCUGCCGCAGGCCCCUCCCCCCGCCCGCAGGUCUGAGGACCGGGCCACGCCCACCCCACUGCCCAGGGACAGGGAAAGAGAGAGGGUGCAGGAGAGAGAGAGGGAGAGGGAGAGGGAGAGAGAGAGGGAAAGAAAGCGAGAGCGACUGCCGUACAGCGAAGGAGAAGAAAGCGACGUGGGAGAGAGGAGUGAGGGGGAACUGGUGCUGCUCACAGACUGAUCAGGUCGGGCCUGGUGGGCCUCCGGGGGCCCGGUGGGUCUGGUGGGCUGGCGGAGCGAGGAGAUGGAGAGGAAGACGAACAGAACUUCAGCUUCAGAUGUCGCUCCUGGUUUUGAGGCAAUCACAAUCCAAAUCCUGGACGACUGAGACGCCACACACACAUGUACUCUGGUUGUACAUUAAUACAAACUCCCCAGUAAACCCAGUUCCCUCAUACAAGUCCUUAUCAGUUCCCUUCCCAGAUGAGUCAUCACCUGCUUUGUGUUUCUUUUUCUUUUCUUUUUUCUUUUUUUUUAACUAUUGUUAGAAUGUAGAAAGUUAUCAUUUAAUCCCUUCUGCUUCUUGUUUUUCUUCCAUGUUGCCUUUUAUCAAACAAUACGCCUCCCAGGGAUUAGAAUCGCUGCAGGAAGCUCCAAAGUAACUGUUCAACUUAGAUUAGCUGCUUUUCACCUGUCAGGCAGCCCAGGACGCUAGACUGGGUCCGCACCGCCCCCUGGUGGUGGAAGCUAGUCAUUACAAAAGGCAGACAUAAAGGUAGCAGUGGACCGUUCACAUCCAACCCAAACCUGACCAAAGAAAAGCCUGAUGACAGCAGGGUGCUUCAUCAUCAUGUCUGUUUUUAGAGUCGGCUGCUUUGUUUUAUUGUGUGUUUUUUUUUCUUUUCGUCAGCACAUCUGGAAAAGCCUUCAAAUAAUUUAACACGUAAUCUCAAAACUCCAACAUUUAAUCUGAGUACGUUUGUCUGUUGGUGUCUGCUCCCCUGAUGAUUCCUGUCAAACGAACAGAACUAAAGAAUUUUCUAACCCAGAUUGUAAGGCAUCAUAAAGUCUACCAGGAGACCGAAGGGAAAAAUCUGGUGGACAAAUUAAAGCUUGGAUUUUUUUUUACCUUAAAUUAACAAUCAUAAAAAAAACAUUUUAUUAUUCAUUGGCUCCUUGUCACCGUACAAAAUGCAUAAAAUCAAUUAAAAGAUACAAUAAUAAAAUCACUUGAGCAUGAAGUGCAGAAGACAUCAGAUAUAAAAGCAGUUUUAAAGAAAUGUGUUUAAAGUUAUGAUUUGAAAUGGAGUGAAUCCAUCAUCGCCUGAUAACCCCAGUCACAUCCUCCUCUUCCUCCACAUUUCUUCUGUUUUCCUAAAGUGAAGCGUGUUUACUUCAGCUCUCUCUCCGGCUCGGAGGGUUGACCCCCAGCCUGUUGCAUAUAUUUGUUUUUUGCUUUUUAAGUGUUUCUUGAUUGUUGUGUUUAAUCUGUGCAUUUAAAUACAUGUUUUUAUUGUUUGUUUUGUUUUUUUCUUGGUGAAACGAUGCUGAAGUUCCUUCAUUCAUCAUCGUUUACAUUCUCGUUCAGAUCGUCCAGCAGCAAGAAAAAUGUCUGAGAUCACUCAGUCCACGAUGAACUGUAACUUGGACCUGCAGAGGUGUAAUAAUAUUCAUGAUUUGCUUUGUAAUAGAAAAUAUUAGUUAUGACAACAGUGGAGCACUAAAAGAAAUGGAUUAAGUUGGUUUCCUUGGAGAACCAGAUGUAAAAAAAAAAAAAAAAAGUGAUUUUGAACGCAAUCUUUCUGUUGCGUAUGAAAGGGAGCUGAACGUAAAUAAACCUGCAUCCAUCUGACAGCGGACACAAAUUGUAAUACGAUAGCACUUUCCACUUCUUUAGAGACACUGGUCAUGAUGAGUACACUGGCACCAUAGUUGGUCCCCCUUCCUUAUCUGGCUGUGUGAUAUUAAGUUCUGUUUUUACAAAUGGCUGAUGGUCAGUUAUUGGUGUGAUGGCAUACAAGGAUUUUUUUUAAACAUUUAGCUUCAGAAUCGCAUCAGGUUUACGUCCUACGAACUUUUAAUGGAAAAAAAAAACUGACUGGAGUUUUGUUCAUAAAUCGCUAGCUAGCUGCAGUAAGACUGCUGCCAACAAGAGAAUCCAUUUAGAAAAUAUGCAUGUAGUUGCUGACGAUGAGGGACGACAAAUCAUUACUCUUCUUUAUUUUUAGGGCAAAGCAUAACCAGUUGCGACCGGUGUGUUUGUUUAAACAGCGAGCUAACCCAACAGAAAGCCUAGCUACACAAGCUAAUAUCAACAAUAACAAACAAAACCUCAAGAAGUUAGUUAAAUUUUGUUCCUUCCUUGAGAUUUAUAACUUUUGAUUACCAGUAAUAUGAUCAUAAGCUACAGUUAGACCCUGAAUUAUUAAACCUAUUUCAGUGUAAAGUAAUGGAUGUUUCCCUUUACUGAAAGCAGUGUUUUAACAUUCCCCAAAUUCACUUUGAGUUUGACGGGCCUUUUGGCAUCACCUAAUCUUUAACUCCCUCCACAAAGUUCUGGGGCUUUUUGACUUUGUGCUAACUUUGAUAGCAUAAACUUUAGCAUAGGUCAAGUUGACAAACUGUAGGUUCCUGAAAUGAUUCCUACCUUUUAUUAAAUUGAAAUUAUUGACUCAGACUUCUUAAUUCUGGUUCCACCAAAGAAAUGUACGUUUGAGAAGAAGUUUUAAGAAGAUUAUUUAUUUUAUUUAUUCAUUUUUUUUUAAUUGGUGAAGAAAACUGUUAGCUAGUAGUUAACAGGUUAGCUUAAGUUUCACUGGCUGCAUUAAAAUCACACAGAAGAAAACCUGGUACUUAAUGUUUUAUUUUGUUAAAAAAAUGUUAUGAAUUUCAAGAUAUAACUUCAUAACUGUGGUGUCUUUGUUCUCAUCAUAUCCUGGCUCCAUGGUAUUUAGAUUAUUUCAAUAAAGAAGUUGUUUGUUAGCUGUUAAUCUACCAUUAGCUAAGUGUGAGGUCGGUUAAACAAGAAAGGCGGGAAAGUGUCUCAGGCCUAAACUGGACAUGAAGGUUCAUCAGAAACAUGCUGGUUCUUAUGUGUACAGAGAUAAAUGAAUUAUUUUAUUACAUACUAGAACCACCUGUCAUUACCAUGCUGAUGUAAAUAUAGAAAAACUUUAUUUUGUUUAUAAGAGCUUGUGUAAUUUAAAGGUGUACAUUUCCAUAUGUUUUCAGAGUUUUUGAAAGACAAUAAACUGGUUGUUUUAAUCA